AUGAAGUGCUUUCUUCUUCUAUUGGUGUGCGGAGCUGUUGGAUGGGCCCAGUUCUGUGGUCUGAAGCCUGGAGCUGUAAAUUUGGCGAGAUGGGGGACAGCCAGUCAAAGCUCCACUUACAAUUAUCACCUACCACCAGGGGAAGCCAGUCUGGCUAUUGACGGCAACAAAGAAACAAAUUACUAUCUCCAUGCGUGUGCCCACACAAACGGUGACUAUGGAGCCUGGUGGAGACUGGAUCUCCACAAGAGCUUUAAGAUUGACGCUGUGGUCAUAGUGAACAGAAUGGAUUGUUGUCAAAAUCGUUUGCAUGGAGCCCAAAUAAGAGUUGGGAAUUCUGGAAGUAACAACGACCCGCUAUGCGGCACCAUCACCGAUGUCUCUCAAUCCUGCAUCCCUCUCUGCUGUAAGGGAAUGGAGGGUCGCUUUAUCACGGUGACGAUCCCCGGCCGCGCAGAGUAUCUCACCCUCUGUGAAGUGGAGGUUUAUGGACAGGCUGCUAUGGAGAAGCCUCAGGUCUCUGUAAAUUUGGCGAGAUCGGGGACAGCCAGUCAAAGCUCCACUUACAGUUAUAGCGUACCAACAUCGGAAGCCAGUCUGGCUAUUGACGGCAACAAAGAAACAAAUUACCACCUCCAUGCGUGUGCCCACACAAACGGUGACUAUGGAGCCUGGUGGAGACUGGAUCUCCAGAAGAGCUUUAAGAUUGACGCUGUGGUCAUCGUGAACAGAAUGGAUUGUUGUCAAAAUCGUUUGCAUGGAGCCCAAAUACGAGUUGGGAAUUCUGGAAGUAACAACGACCCGCUAUGUGGCACCAUCACCGAUGUCUCUCAAUCCUGCAUCCCUCUCUGCUGUAACGGAAUGGAGGGUCGCUAUAUCACGGUGACAAUCCCCGGCCGCGCAGAGUAUCUCACCCUCUGUGAAGUGGAGGUUUAUGGACGGGCUGCUAUGGAGAAGCCUCAGGUCUGCUGGUAGACCCUGGUUCCAGUUUGGUCAGUGCGGUCACCAUAUAUCUUCCU